GUUUUAUUCCUCAAAAUGGAAAAAAAAUAAAAUGCCAUUGCAUACCAAAAAAGAAAAAAAAAUUAAACGAAAGCGAAGAGGGACAUCCCGAUCCGUGGCACGCUUAUGAGAUGAGGAAAGUGCAAUUUGGGGGCUUCAGAGAUCAGUCCCAUACUCCAAUCCCAUCCCACGCCCUCUCAGAAACAAAACAAGGCUUUCAACUUUCAAUUCAAAACUCCCCAAUCGCAUAGUGUCGCCGUUUCUACACCGUCCGAUUCAAACCCCAUUCCCUUCCCCAUCUCCAAUUUCAAUUCCCCUCUCUAUGCCGCCGCAUCCCCGAAACGGCGACGCAUCCUCCUAAACCCUAACCCUAACCCUAACCUCCUCCUUCCUCUUCCUCUCUCCGAAACCAAUAUUUAUGUUCUCUCAAAACGUGAUUCUCCCUCCCGAAAACCCUAGACCCACGGCGUUCGCUUCCAAACCCAUGAGCAAUGAGAUCGCGAAGCCUCUGCCGUCGAUUCUCGUUGGCCGCUUCAAGGCUCUACUCAAGCAGCGCGACGACGAACUCCGAGUCGCCGCCGGCGACCCCGUACCGCCGGCGUCCACCGACGAAAUCGUCCAGAUUUACGAACUCCUCUUGUCGGAACUCACGUGCAAUCUGAAACCUAUCAUCACCGAUCUCACAAUUAUUGCCGAACAGCAGAGGGAGCACGCAAAAGGCAUCGCUGACGCAAUUUGCGCUCGGAUUCUCGAGGUGCCAGUAGAUCAAAAGCUUCCUUCACUCUAUCUGUUGGACAGUAUUGUGAAGAAUUUUGGGCAGGAAUACAUUAGAUACUUCUCUUUACGUCUUCCUGAAGUUUUCUGUGAGGCGUACAGGCAGAUUCAGCCUACUUUGCAUUCUGCUAUGCGCCAUCUUUUUGGUACUUGGUCAAAAGUCUUUCCACCUUCAGUCCUGCGCAAGAUUGAAACUGAGUUGCAAUUUUCUCAAGCAGUUAAUACUCAAUCAUCAACCCUGAAUCCUGUCAGGGCUUCUGAAUCAUCUCGACCAAGCCACGCCAUACAUGUUAAUCCAAAAUACUUGCGGCAGUUGGAGCGCUCAACUGUGGAUAGUGCUAGUAAGACACAUCAAUUUUUAUCAAGCAGUAGCAGCCUUGGAAUAUCCUCGUCGUCCCCUUCAAGAAUUGGAGUUGAUAGGCCUUUGUCUGCAUCUAUGGAUGAAUAUGCAGUGGACAAUUCUGCUGUCAGGUUAAUUGAGAGAAACUCGCCUCAUCCUGCUGUUGAUUAUGGAGUAGCCAAAGCAUUAGGUAGAGAUGUGGAUUUGACUGAAUGGCAGCAAAAGCAGUAUCCUGGUGAUGGUCGUAAUCGAUUUCCAACUUCUGUUACAUACAGCCUUAGUAAUGGACAUCAGCGGCAAAGUCCAAGAGCUUUAAUUGAUGCAUACGGCAGUGACAAAAGCCAAGAAACUUCAAGCAGUAAGCCUUUGUUAGUUGAACGUCUGGAUAGAAAUGGUAUAGACAAAGUGUUGUCAACAUCUUGGCAGAAUACUGAAGAGGAGGAGUUUGACUGGGAAAAUAUGAGUCCAACCUUAACAGACCAUAGUAGGAAUAACAGUUUAUUGCCUUCAACUUUUGGUUUCUCUAGGGAAAGGCCUGGCGUUGCAGCUAAUGCAACUUUGUCGGAGCAAGAUACUAGGAAGGGGUGGUCUAGUGGAUCUCAGCUUCCUCCAGUAGAUGAUUCUUCUGCCAUAGCAGAAGAUGCAUUUGCCUCUUCGACUUUUCGUCGCACACCCCCGGGUCAGGUACCUGGAUCCCAAAAUCAAAUCAAUCAUAGCCUGGGCUCCUCUCAACCUCAUGAUGCUUGGAAGAUUUCACAUCAUCCGUCUAACAUUUUUAGUAAUAGGGGGCGAGCAAGGAAUCUUAUGAUCCCUCCUAUGGACAACAUUCGCAAUACAGAUAAUAACCCGUAUUGGGUUCGACCAUCAAUGUCGAGGAUGGAAGCUCGGCCAUCAGUUUUGCCAGCACCUUUUGAAAUGAGGCCUUCUGUAAAUGUGAAUGUCACUAGACCGCCCAUCAUAAAUCCAAUAAAUCCAUUGCAAAAACAUGUUAGGAGUCAGUUCAAUGCAAUAAAUACUAGUAAUCCUAUUGCAAACCAUGUAAAUAAAUCUUCAUUUAUGCCAAAACAGUCAUUUGACAGUGUUGAGAACAAGGAUGCAAGUAUUUCAAAGAUACAUCAGUUGCCUAAUCAGCUUCCUGGAGUAAUUUCUUCCAACCAGCAAAAUCAUGGGCAGGCACCACAACUACAGUUUUUUCCAUCUCAGGAUCCAUCAACCUCACAAUUUUGUCAUGGGAGUUCAUUGCAGGGACAUGGUGCUUCUAUAAGUACAGCCAUGUCAAAUCCCUUACCAGUUAUACCAUUCCCUUUACCAUUUCAAAGUAUUGCAAAUAACCCUUUACAUUUACAGGGUGGAGCCCAUCCAUCUUUACCUCCAGGUCGCCCUCCUGCUCCAUCUCAAAUGAUACCUCAUCCAAAUGUUGGUGCAUAUAUGUCAAGCCAACAGCCAACUGUUGGAUAUACUAAUUUAAUUAGUUCUCUAAUGUCGCAAGGUGUGAUCUCAUUGGCUAACCAGCUGCCUGCACAGGAUUCUGUUGGAACUGAGUUUAAUCCAGAUAUUCUGAAGGUUCGUCAUGAGUCUGCAGUCAAUGCCUUAUAUGGUGAUCUCCCUAGACAAUGCACAACUUGUGGGCUGCGAUUCAAAUGCCAAGAGGAACACAGUAGUCAUAUGGAUUGGCAUGUGACUAAGAAUCGGAUGUCUAAAACCCGUAAGCAGAAACCCUCUCGGAAGUGGUUUGUUAGUGACAGGAUGUGGCUCAGUGGUGCAGAGGCAUUGGGAACAGAAUCAGCUCCAGGUUUUUUGCCAACAGAAACCAUAGAAGAAAGGAAAGAUGAUGAAGAGUUGGCAGUGCCUGCAGAAGAAGACCAGAAUACAUGUGCAUUAUGCGGAGAGCCUUUUGAUGAGUUUUACAGUGAUGAAAUGGAGGAAUGGAUGUAUCGAGGAGCUGUAUACCUCAAUGCACCUACGGGAACAACAGCAGGCAUGGAUAGGACUCAGUUAGGCCCCAUAAUUCAUGCUAAAUGCAGAUCAGAAUCUAAUAUGGCCACCUCUGAAGAUCUUGGACCAGAUGAAAAGGGUGCCGAUGAAGAGGGUUCCCAAAGGAAACGAAUGCGAAGUUGAUCAAUGUUGACCAGUUUUGUGCAUUGUAACUUAUGAUUUUCCGUUGGUGUAUCUCAUAGAGUUGAAUCUUGCAAUACCAUGGCCAUUCUGCCAAAGUCAUGUACAUGUAUAGUUGGACUAGUAACGUUCAUAUUUUCUUGCAGCCAACGGUUACAUUUUAACUUAAAAUUAUUUCGUCCCUUGCAUUUUUGUCCACAAAUCAAGUAUUGUUAGUACAUUGUUAUUUCUCGGAUGGGGCACAGGGUUUUAAACUAUGCAGCGAGGUACUAUCAGGUUUUGGCCGAAAAUAUUAUACUUGCUACUAAUUAGCUGGUAAUUGAUAUAGAAUUAGUUGUUUGGACCUACUGUUUGUAUUUUAUCAAACUCAUGCAUAAAUGAGAGCAAACUACAAAGAUACUCUAUUUCAAUUUUUUCAAAUAAAUUUGUUGUGCUA